AGGAACCAUAUGAUUAUGAAGACACAGGGAAGCCUGUUCUUAAUAUCAGGACCCCGGAACUUAUCGAAAAAAUCAAAAAAUAUACAGAGGAUCCUGAAAAACUGAGAAACAAGCAUAUGUUAUUUCUCAUAUCAGAUCUUGACAUAUCCAUAGAAGAAAUCAGGUUCUCAACGGAUUGUACCAAAAGAACGACAACAAGUAUGAAAUCUCGUGGCUCCCAAUCGUUGAGUUGUCAGUAAAUGGUAAGAGUUCAGCGGCGAGGUUUGGGGAGCUGAAACAAAUGAUGAAAUGGAUUGCAGUUGAGCCAUCCAAGAUUGAAUCACAAGUCGUCGAGUGCAUAAAGAAGGACUGGAAAUUUAUAAAGCACGCCAUUGCUGUUUCAGUGAAUCAAAGAGGGGAAAUAACAUGCUUGAAUGCCCUCCCUAUGCUGUGGACAUGGGGUAAUUCGGCAUUUCCUUUCACUGAGCGAAAUCUGUGGAACAAAAUAGAUGAGCAGAAUGGUUGGAGGCUUGACCAGUUGUUCCAUGAACUAAUGCUCCCCGAUGACAUAGACAUACAAUCAUGGACAAAGUGCGAGGGGACAUUUGUAUGCUUGUUUGGUGGUGGGGAUAUGUCAUGGAUUCAGGCAUUCACUGAGAAUUUGAAAUAUGCUGCACACACUGCGGGUGUUUCCUUAAAGCUAGUGUACCUCGGGGUGGGUAAGAGCAAAGGCAAAGGGCUAACAAGGACUGAGCUAGGUCGAGGCAUUCAUGUCAUCGAAUCUGAAUCUCAAUGGCACUUUUGGACUCGACUUGAGAGUAUAUUGUACACCAAAAUCAAACUCGGCAAGACUGUGAACAUCAGCAAGAAGGAUCCAGUGAUGAUUGAGGCGUUGAAAAUGGUCGGGUACGGAGGGAAUGGCGAAGCAUGGGCCAUGUUUUCGAUGGGAACAAGGGCCAUGGUGACAACUUGCGGGAAAACAGCUCUAAGUAUCAUGGAAAACUACCAGAAAUGGAUAAAGGAAAACGUGGGAAAUCGUUUCUUUAAGGGAAUAGUAGAGUACAAUGAGUUAAUAAUGAGGGAUGUGCACAGCUGCAUCAAUAUUAACCUGCCGGUCAUGGGUGAGAUUCCAGGGAUAAUGAUGUGCCCUGAGUGUUCGAAAGUGAUGGACAUGUUUUACAGUUACCGCUGCUGCCCUGAGUCGCUGCUGUGAUGAGUAAUUA